AUGACGACAUUGUACCAGCCGAUGGGAAUGGCGCCACAUGCUCCGGGCGCCAUUUGCCAAACUGCCCAACUCAUCUGCCGCUUUGGGGCAUUGAGGAGGUGUGUGGACCGACUGACAAAGCCCAAAAGAACACACUCCCCGCCUCCUCUCACCUCGCCCUCUCUCACAGAAAAGGUACCUAUCAUUGUCAAUCUCAUUUUGCAUAGCAACACAUUGACAUUUGUGCUCGCAAGUGUUGGUUUGUUUUACAGUCAGCAUGUGCGUCGGUUGGUCGCGGAAGUGGGUGGCGCCGGUUCGGAGCGGGAUUCGAUGUACCGAAGGCCGGAAGAAAGCUUCGGCGGAGAUUGCGAGAGUGGCCACUUUUGUGAUUUCGCUUUUUGGGAAAAUGGGCGAAAAAUGAUGUCAUGA